AUGUAUCGUCAAUUACUCGAACAACACAUCGAAGUUAAUGCUCAGCGUGAACCAGCAGUUCAGGAGUUGAAAGAACCCGAAAAAUCAGUUCCCAUAUCCGAGAAAGAGCAAGUAAAAGCGCAGAUGGAGAAACAUACAGUCGUCGAGAAGCCAGGGAAGAUCUCUGAUAAGAAGAGUACGUCAUCUGAAAAAGAAAACGCGUCGCCUUCAGAUCCAAUUGCUCAAAAAAUCAUCGAUGAAACAUCUCGUUUAUCGGAUCGUCAGAGGGAUAUUCUCCAGAAGACAUUCACAACAAUCGAGCAGGACUGCGUGAGAAAUGGGCUCAAAAUCUUUGUCAGACUUUUUGCCGAAUACCCACGCUACAAAUUGAUAUGGCCACAAUUCAGAGCAAUUCCAGACUCAAGUUUGAUGAAUGCAGUUGAACUGAGAAGACACGCUUCUGUGUAUUUGAAAGGUCUCGGAAGAAUCAUCGAAUCGAUGAGAGAUGAAGAGGAAUUGAGAAAAUCAAUGUCAAGAAUCGCAUUGGCACAUAUCAAAUGGAAUGUUCAGAGAAAUCAUGUCAUUCACAUGAUUGAGCCGGUAUUGGAAGUUGUCAAGGAAUGCAAUGGAUAUCAAUUAGAUGAAGAGACUCGUCAAGCAUGGACAGUUCUUUAUCAAGUCAUAGCAAAUCUCAUCGAAGUCUUCCGGUGUCGUGCGUUGAAUGAAUAA